GCUGCUUGAAUAAUUCACUACAACCUGUAAGCAAACAGAAAUAAGUAUGCGUUAUCAAUCACACGAAUAAUAUCAUUGACUGAUAACCAGUACAUGCAGGUUUGUUUUCAUCGGCUCAGUUGUCAGUCAGUAUUAUUCCCUGAUAGUUUUGUUCUCGUAUUCAUUCUUCGGUAUUAAAAUGGUUCUGAUAAUCUUGAGGACGAAGAAUCCGAGAAACAUUGUCCGUUCAGCAUUAAAGUGUAAAACGGAUCUGCAAAGUUUAUCGAGAAGGAGCUAUGGAACCUCCAACGUUACUUCGGCCACAUCGUCCGUCGCCUUCAAGAAGAACAAGUGGAUAAAACCAAGUGACACCAAUCCGUACGUUAUAUCCUCCGUUUUAGACAUUGAGCCAACUUUCAAUGUCACCAUUCCAGAGUUUUUGAGAAGUAAUCUCCACAAGUGGGAAAAUGCGCCUGCUUUCGAAUGUGCCGUGACUGGAAGAAUGUAUACGCACGGUCAAGUUCACAGGAAAAGUCAGAGUUUCGCUGCAGCCUUAAAGCAACACGGACUUCAGCGGAAAGAAGCAGUAUGUAUCUUGCUUCCCAACAUUCCCGAGUAUCCGAUUGUCGCCCUAGGCAUUUGGGACGCAGGAUUGGUUGCUUCGCCAAUAAAUCCAACUUACACAGUGGCGGAAAUAGCGAAGCAAGUGGCCGACUGUGGGGGAAAAGUGCUGGUAACCAUUCCCCAGUUUCUCCCAGCCGUGGAGAAAGUGAUGGAGGAAAGUCCCACGCUCAAAAGCGUGGUCGUGGUGGGCGAGGCUGGAGGUCACCACUCCUUCUUCGACAUGCUCAACACGGACGUUUCCAGCGCGAGAUUCCUCCGCGGAUCCGACAUCAACACUCUGAGAGAAACCGCGGUGCUACCUUAUUCCAGCGGAACGACUGGAACGCCGAAGGGGGUGGAGUUGACACACAGCACUUUCACCACAAAUCUGAUGCAGAUCACUUAUCCUGGAUAUCGCCUCUCCGAGUUUUUUGACGGAGGUGCCCCUCAAGAUCGAAUGUUUGCCCUACUCCCAUUCUUCCACAUGUACGGAUUGCAAAUCAUCAUGGCCAACUCUUUGUACCAGGGAGGACACACUCUCUGUUUCCCAAAGUUUGAGCCUGCAUCUUUCAUCAAAGGGAUCAAGCAUCAUCGUCCAACCGUCCUCCACUUGGUCACCCCGCUCAUAUCCUUCCUCUGCCAGUGCCCUGAGAUCACUGAGGAGGACUUGAAACACACGAGGGGCACGAUUGCAGGCGCUGCUCCCAUUGGGAAAACUCUCAUCGAGCGUUUCAUCGCUAAAUUUGACCAGUACAUGUUUUUCCAGGAAGGUGACUUCUGCUUAUUUAGGUUUUGGGAUGACGGAGCUGUCCAGCGUCAGCCACUUGAUUCCCCCAGAAAUGAAAAACUCUCGAGCCGCUCCUGCGGAAUUCUGGUCCCGGGAACGACCUCCAAGAUUGUUGACAACGAGUUGGGGAAAGUUGUGGGUCCGCAUCAUACGGGAGAAAUAUGCGUCCGAGGUCCACAGGUCAUGAAAGGCUACUACCAAAAUGAAAAGGCCACCUUGGACACGAUAGACUCGGAAGGUUACAUGAAAACUGGGGACAUUGGGUACUACGACGAGGAGGGAUUUCUUUACAUUGUCGACAGAUUAAAGGAGCUCAUCAAGGUGAAGGGUCUUCAGGUCGCACCCGCAGAGCUGGAGAAUGUGCUACGACAACACCCGGAUAUUGCAGAUGUUGCCGUGAUUGGCAUCCCACAUGAGCGAUGGGGCGAAGUUCCGCGUGCUUAUGUUGUCCCAAAGUCUAAAACGUUGACGGAGUCCGCAGUGAAUUUAUUUUUGGAUGAUAAAGUCGCCGAGCAUAAAAGACUAGUUGGUGGGGUUGAAUUUAUUGAUGCGAUUCCGAAAGCGGCGUCAGGAAAAAUAUUGCGAAGAGUUCUCAAAAGCAGGUUUGAGUGAUCAAAAUGCCGAUCAUGUAUUUGUUUUUGUAAAUGUUAUUUUUUUAUUAUUACAAAAAUUACUUAACUUAUGUACAGAAACUCGAUUCAUAAUAUUCUAAAUUAGAAUUUUGAAUUCGAUCAAACGUUGUCGUAAAAUAUUUUUAUGACUGAGGUCUCCAAAUUCUAAGCAGUGCAAAAUAUUCAUCCAAGUUUUCCUAAAAAAUCAUUUUUAGUUACAUUAAUUAUGUACAUAUUGCUAACAACUCAUCUGCAAAUCUUGCGAAAUGCUACAAAAAAUCGCACAUUUUGGCAUGUUUCGCGAAACCUGCUGGCGGUCCCCCAAUAUUAUUGCAUAUUAUUUAUGCACACACAAUCAUUAUGUGCACAAAGAUAUGACACAUUAAAAUUGUUAGAACCUAGAACGCAAGUACAUUGUAUUCAUCUAAAUAUACAAAUACUAACGAUUUUUAUUAUUCUCCGGAAACCGAAUAAUUUAACACGUUGACUUUUUGAAGUGGGAGUCGUGUAGGAAGCCUAGCACGAUCAAGCCAUAAGUCAAGAUUACGCUGAAUGUCUAUUAUAAAUAAUUAUGUACAUUAUAAAAACCAGACAAAAUUUCUAAAUAAAUUUUCAUAAUUUUGUACAUGUA